ACUUGAAUAGAACACCGUCAUAGCCGUUGGAACAUCAAAUCCGCUGUUGACUCGACUGUGCACGUUGCGGAGACAUAUUGCGAUUCACAGAUUAAAAUUCCGUGUUGUUGCGCCAGGUUUCACGCAAACAUCAGCCGUACUGCUCAAACGGAGCUGACACAUUGCGCUCGUUCGCCAUCCGGGCUGAGCGGACUCUUGGUCUUCCUCUGGGCAACCACACCACCAUCUCCAUCCUCCAGACACCACCUCACCACCCACACCUAUCCAUCACCACCACUUCUUGAAGCCUACGCAACUCGCACGCUACCCGGAAUCUCCAGCACACCCCAUCUCCAACCAUGUCGAGCCGCGAAGAGCCCCCGUAUGAUCCUUACAUCCCCAGCGGCGGCGCCGGUGGCCAGCAGGGCGGCCAGGGCCAAAAUGGCAACCACCGCACAGCUGCGCUCCAAGCGGAAAUCGACAGCACCGUUGGCAUCAUGCGGGACAACAUCAACAAGGUCUCAGAGCGAGGAGCCCGUCUGGACUCGCUACAGGACAAGACCGAUAACCUCGCCGUGUCCGCCCAAGGCUUCCGAAGGGGCGCCAACCGUGUGCGCAAGCAGAUGUGGUGGAAGGACAUGAAGAUGCGCAUGUGCCUCAUUGUGGGUAUCAUCCUACUGCUCGUCGUCAUCAUUGUUCCUGUCGUUGUUACGAAAGGAAAAUAAACCACACCCACGAGAUACCAUGAACCAUUACAUUAAUAAUAGCGCGGAAGGGGGAGGUUGCACAGCCAUUGGGGACGGAGGAGAAUGGCUACGAGUUGCACUACGAUCAACGACAGCGGUCUACUGCAGCAUGUGUGUCACGGCGAACACGGAGCAAUGGAUCAGAUCUGUUCUUUUCUUUCUUUGCAUUCAGACGGUCGUGCUAUGAUGCACUCACGGAAAGCUCCUUUGCAUGGAACGACUCCGCCACCGCUACGAUAUCCCACGAGUGCCCAGUUCCCCAGCAUGGUCGUCAGACGAGCAAAUGGAGUUUUACGCAUUGUGAGUUGCUGUCUUGCAUGUCUAUAGUCAAUUUACAUCUUAUGCCUUGA